AGGCAGGUCAUGUGAUCUGGUGAUCAGGAACCAGGAAGAAGAUGAAAGCGUGUUGAUUCUCAAUGUCUGAGUAAGUUGAAUAAGCCUCAUGCUGAAUGUACAUUCAUGUGUUUUUCCUGCACAGUGGAUUUCACAGCCUGUCUGAAAUGUGUCAUAAUGUACCUGCAUGCUGCUCACAUCUGUUUCAUCUUUAUAAAGGUUUCUGCAAUGAUGAACUCACAGCACAUCUUGCAUAUUAAUUUUAUUUUAUAUUAAGGGUUGGCUUAUAUACAUAGAUUAGCUGCUGCAGAACUUCAUGUAAGUAUUAUUCUACCGCAGGUGGCUGUCGGUAUGACCAACCAUAUUACAGAUAGGCGUAAACUAACCAAUCUCAAUAUCUUGUAAUUUUUUUUUAUUGUACUACCAGAAUUUUGGAACUGCAAACUCUCAGGAAGGAUUCUCACUUUCAACUCCAUAUUACUGGUAGAUACCCAGCAAGAAAUAUCAUACCACAGUUGGAAAAAUCGUACUAGUCUAUUAGAGCAGGGGUCCUCAAACUCUGGCCACCCAGAUGUUGCUGAACUACAACUCCCAUGAUUCUUUGAAUUACAUAGCCAGAAAAUCAUGGGAUUUGUAGUUCAGCAACAUCUGGGGGGCCGGAGUUUGAGGACCCAUGACAUAGAGCGUCAGUUGACCACUCUUAGCCAAUCAGGAUCGCCCCUAGAUACCAACUAGAGAAUGCACAUGAGGAUGGUGACAGUAAAAAACAGAGUCAACCCAGGGGAUAAAUUGCAGCAUUAAAACUAAAGAGUUACUGUAACCAGACCACUUAAUUGAGAUGAAGAGGUCUGGGUGUCUAUAGUGAUCCUUUUAAGGGCUACGCCACUGCCCAAAUAAAAAAUAAAAUGCUGUUUAGUAGAUAUAACCCCAACCACCCCUCCCACCACCCCAAAAAACAAAAACAAAACAAGCAUUCAAUUAUACAUUUAUUUUUGUUUUUAUUAGGACUAUAUCUAAAAACAGCUUGGAAAAGCUGAAGAUUUCUUGUCUGCUACCUUUGCAAACCCUCCCCUUCUAACCACUCCCAUACUUUCUGUGGCUGUCCAAUCACAGUUUUCCCCAUAUAGCUCAAUGAGAAGUCUUUACAAGACAGGUGCUCUGGGCAAUUGCUGCCUCAAUUGAACUAAACAACCAGUCAAAAAUAGGACUGUUUACCUUAUUGACAGCCGGGGGUGUAACAAGGUUGAUUUAGAAAAUAGUCAAUUUCUAUUUAAAUCUGCACUUUUUGUAAAAUUAAAAAAACAACACUCUUCACACAUAGAAAGCUUUUCAGCAAGCUGAACUGCUCUAGGGGUCUUGAGUGUCCACACACUGAAGUUCCAACAGGAGCUUGCAACUCACGCCUUCAUUUGCAUUAGCAAUGCCAAAUUUGGACUAAACUGAAUGGAAACAGGCUGUAGUGUUUAUGGUUUUUUUGAGUGGCCCUUGAAGGGGAAAUUUAAAAAAAAAAUGCCAUUGGAAGUUAUAAAAACAUUCUGUCCUGUCAUGUGUUCCUUUGUCAUUAAAUUAGGAAUAUAAAAUAUGGUCAAGUACUUUUACCCACCCACAUGCUUGUUAAUCCCAAGAGAAUAUGCAUUUAAUCCUCUAUGAUUGCAAAUUUUAUGGUGUACAUAGUAUCCACUGUCAAUGACUGUGGCUUACACAUGCAGCCUGCUACAUACAGCCUGGCUCACAAAACUGUGAACUGUAAUAUGUACAAACUGAUAGCAGCCAUGGUUGCUAUUAGUUGAUGCAGUUCAACUGAUAUUAUGUCAACUACUUAAUCUCAUAAACCAUUCAUGGAGAGGAAGGGAUCAACUGACACUUGUGGUGCAAGGGCAGUAGCAUCAGGUUCCUUAAAAAGUUUUGCUCUAACCACCACAACCACUUCUGCUUUUAGAAGUGAUCAUGGUGAUAGGAGUUGGUAUAAACGUUGCACAUACUAAUAUAUUUGCACUCGUGUGACUCGGCACACAUGAUCCUGGUAGCCCAGAACUCCGUUCUGGACUGCUAAAUGUAAAUUCUGUGCCAAAACUACGUCAGUCGUCAGAGCACACUGGCAGUGAACAUAAUUAUCUUCUCCUAAAUUGCCUAAAGGACUGCAGAAAAGGCUUGGAGUAACCCUUUAUUGGCAUCGUAAAUACAUAUGCAUAAAUAUAUACAUGUAUAUUUCAAUGUAUUUAAAAAGUGGAGGGUCAGUUUUGGACAACUUUUUCAUAUUAACAUUGCAGAACUGCUUCACUUUUUACUACAGCACAUUCUUUUUUUUUUUCUUUUUUAGGGAAGAGGUGGUGGGUUUAAUUCAUCAGUAACCCUUUUGUAAGAUUUAAGAUGAUUGACAUGUCAUAACUAUUAGCUGUUGUUUUGUUUCAGGUUAAACAUCAAAAGAUGCAUUUGACUUGGCACUGAAGUACAUCCAGCCUUUUACAUUGGAGUCAUGAAUCUGUCAAUUCAGGCAGAACUCCAUUUAGCUUCCAAACGUCACCUUAAAGAGCGUAAAAAGAGGUCAUGGUCAACUACAUCCUCUUUGAAUCUGGCUGCUGAACUCCUGUCUGUAGACUGUGGGCUGAAGCCAUGUUUUCUGUAUGAUUAUAGUGGUGUGCGUGUUCACCAAAUUCAGAGCUACCUCCAAGAACUGCAGCGUAUUGGCUUUAUAAAGGGGCACAUGCAUACCCUCAACAUUGCUGAUAAUAUUCUCAUUAUUAAUGUACCCAAAACCAUGUUAUAUUUGGAUUCAUUACUUCACAGUGAAGAUUUACAUUUAAUAAAUGUUUCUGCCUCCCUUGAUCAACCAGCAAUGCUCAGCUGCAAUCAUGUCUCAGUGAUUCGUACUCAAGUCACCCAGCUCUUGGACCAUCUAACACCUUAUCAAAAUGAACAACCUGCUACUGUAUCUUUGAGUGACAUUGAGUCUCCGCAGUGGAACCUGUGCACUAUAUUUGGAUUUAUUUUACAUUUCCCUGCAGUUUAUUGGUUUGAUACAUCAAGUGGCUUUGAAAAUUGCUUGUCUAUGAUACCGCUGAGACAUUUUACUGUCCAUGCCAGUUGCUCUACCAUAGGCCUCACAAAAGCCCAGAUCUAUUCGUUCAGUAUUCCUGAGUCUGUGUAUGAUGGUCUACAGAAGCACUUACAGGAAUGGAUUGAUAAGCUGAAACAGACAUUUCUUGGACAAAGUGAUUUCACAGACCUUGAAAUUGCUGUCAAUACUGUGACUCUUAAAGCUGUUACACUUUGAAGACAUUUCUGAACUAUAAUAUUGUAUUAUUUUAUGUAAAAUGUAAUUACAUCCUCCCAUUAAAAAAUCUGUG